AUGGAUUAUAAAAUUAAAAAUAAAAAGAGAGAACGUUCAAGUGAUGAUGAUGAUGAAAAUAGUAGUGGAAAUGAAAAAAUUGUAAAUAAAAAACAACACAAAAUUGAAACAAUAACAAAACCAACAAAACCAUUAUCAACAUUGGCAGUUUCAACAGGUUGCAACAAAAACCAAAAGUUAACAGAUAUUAUAACAGAAUUAAGUAUUUUUGAAAAGAAUAAAGGAUUACAACAUAAAUAUUCAGCAUAUAGAAAAGCAGCUCAAUCAAUUAGAGCUCAUCCAAAAGAGAUUACUUCUGGUAUUGAAGCUCAAAAAUUGGAUGGAGUUGGAAAAAAGAUAGCAAAGAAAAUCCAAGAAAUUAUUGAUACAGGUGAAUUAAAGAAAUUGAAUAAUCAAUUAAAAGAUGAAACAUUAACAUCAAUUGGGGAGAUUUCAAAAGUCUCUGGUAUUGGUCCAAAAGCUGCUCAAAAAUUUUAUGAUGAAGGUAUAAAAUCAAUUAAAGAUUUAUGGAAGAUUAAAGAUAGAUUAACACAUCAUCAACAAAUUGGUUUAAAAUAUUUUAAUGAGAUUGAACAAAAAGUACCAAGAAAUGAAAUUGAACAAUUUGAAGAAUUAGUUAGACAAGCAUUAUUAAAAAUUGAUAAAAAAAUUAUUUAUGAAACAUGUGGUAGUUAUCGUAGAGGUUUACCAUCAUCAGGUGAUGUUGAUAUUUUAUUAAGUCAUCCGAAUUACACAUUAAAGAUGAAAGAUAAAAAAGAAACAUUUCAUAUUGUAGAAAAACUUGUUGACAGUUUAAAGAAAUCUGGAAUAAUUAUUGAUGAUUUAUCAUUAGGUCCAUUUAAAUAUAUGGGUAUAUGUAAAUUACCAUCAAAUAUUAAAUUGGAUAAUAUUGAUUGUAAAAAAGAAAAGAAUGAUCAUUAUUCAGAUAAUGAUGAUGAUGAAAAAGAGGAGGAGGGUAAUGAUAAUGAUGAUGAUGAUGAUGAUGAUUGUUCAACUAAAAAAAUAAAUAGUAAUAAUGAAGAGGAUGCAACAAGUGACGGAGAAGAAUUUGAAGAUGAUAGUGAUGCAACUGAACCUGAGGAUGAAUCAAAACGAUUGCCUCCAAAGAAAAUAUUAAAAAAGAAAACAUUAAAAUUAGAGAAAGAAAACAUAAAGAAACCUAAAACAACAACAAAAACAACAACAUCAAGUAAAAAUAGUGAAAAUAAUAAUAAUAAUAAUAAUAAUAAUAAAACCAUUAAUAACAAUAAUAAUAAUUUUAACACACACAUUGCAAGACGUAUCGAUUUUAAAUUAAUUCCAAUUGAAUCAUAUUAUUUUGGUCUUUUACACAAUACAGGAAGUGAUGAAUUUAAUAGACAAAUGCGUGCCAUUGCUCUUUCAAAAGGGUACACAUUAUCUGAAUAUAGUAUAAACAAAUUUUCAAAAGAGUCUGGAAAAGAUGAUCAAAUUAUUCCAGUGAAUUCAGAGGAAGAGAUUUUCAAAAUAAUUGGUAUGAAAUAUUACCCUCCUCAAGAACGUAAACUUUAA